UGCCGUGCAAAGAUUCGAGUGCACGGGGCGCUAACCCGCAGGAGUGCACGCCGCCCCAGGCCGAAACAUGGUGACGCGGCGAGACGUGCCACGCACCGCAACCCGCCGUGGUUCGUCUCUCCUUUCCUUCCAAACCCAAACCCCCAAUUCUCCUCUCUCACAAUAAGUACAACAUCACGGCUGUUUCUAUCCUUGCCACAAGGCGCAGCACACCACCUUUUUUUUGAGUCUCGUGAGAACGAAAGAGCAGAGGCAGCAAAGCAAGUAAGAAAAACCGACCAGAUCGGAAGCUAGGAUGGCCGGCGGCGGGGACAGAGACGGGGACGGGGAGCGCAGGAUCGGGGUGGCGAUGGACUACUCGGCGAGCGCCAAGAAGGCGCUGGAGUGGGCCACCCAGAACCUGCUCCGCAGGGGGGACACCCUCGUCGUGCUCCACGUCCUGCGCCACGGCGGGGAGGAGGCCAAGCACACCCUCUGGGCCAAGUCCGGAUCCCCGCUGAUCCCUCUUUCGGAGUUCCGGGAGCCGGCGGUGAUGCAGAACUACGGCGUGCGCUGCGACGCCGAGGUGCUCGACAUGCUCGACACCGCCGCGCGCCAGUUGGAGCUGAAGGUGGUCGCGAAGCUGUACUGGGGCGACGCCAGGGAGAAGCUCUGCGAGGCGGUGGACGAGCAGAAGAUCGACACCAUCGUCAUGGGCAGCCGCGGCCUCGGCACAAUGCAGAGGAUUCUUCUUGGGAGUGUGACAAACUACGUGCUGUCGAACGCAUCGUGCCCCGUGACAGUCGUCAAGGGGGACUAAUUUGGCUGCCACCGGCGAUGUGAUUCAGGAUGGAUACUCUUUUUUUGUUUGUUUUUCGAAUAGGAGGCUGACACCCCCCCGGCCCCCGGCCUGGAUGCAAACUUGUGUUGGUAAAACAGUGUCGUGUUUCGCGUUGUUACUGCGUCCGAAUAAAAUGUGGGCCUCUUGUGUUUGUGUUGUCGCAGCCUUGACAAAUUUUUGUGGCCGUGUCUGUUUGUGAAUAUUAAUUCGAUGCUUGCGUGCUCGAUUUCAA